AUGGCGAAAACUGUCACUCCAAACGCCAUUUCUACCUUGUUUGCAAAUCCGUCUCCUGCUUCUUCAUCAGAUGUUCCUGAUAUCGUUGUUCAAGUUUUGGAUCUCCAUCCCAGCGGAAACAGAUACAUGUUCACUGCUAAUGAUGGAACGAAGAAGCUGAAGUCAAUUCUUCAGUCGAGUCUGUCCUCAGAGGUGCUUUCUGGGAAGAUUCAGAACCUUGGUCUUAUUCACGUCCUUGAUUAUACUCUCAAUGAUAUCCGCAAUGAGAAGUUCCUAAUUGUAACCAACUGUGAACCUGUUUCUCCCGCUCUUGAAGCGGAGAUAAAAAGUGAACAACCCAGUAUCACUUUGAAGCCAAAGACGGAAUCUGGUAUUGAUUUGAAGCCGAAGCAGGGUGUUGUUUCGAAAUCUGCUGCUCAGAUCGUGCACGAGCAACAUGGGAAUUUGGCUCCUGCUGCUAGAAUGGCUAUGACACGUAGGGUGCGUCCUCUAGUUUCUUUGAAUCCUUAUAUGGGUAGUUGGACAAUCAAGGUCAGUGUUACAAGCAAAGGAACCUUGCGUACAUAUAAGAAUGCUAGAGGAGAAGGAUGUGUAUUCAAUGUCGAGUUAACUGAUGAAGAUGGUACUCAGAUUCAAGCAACAAUGUUUAAUGAUGCGGCAAGGAAGUUUUAUGAGAAGUUUGUUAUGGGAAAGGUUUAUUAUGUUUCAAAAGGGACUUUGAAAGUUGCUAACAAACAGUUCAAAACUGUGCAAAAUGAUUAUGAGAUGACACUGAAUGAAAAUUCUGAGGUGGAAGAGGUUGCUAGUGAAGCUAGUUUUGUUCCGGAGACAAAAUUCAAUUUUGUCCCAAUUGAUCAGUUGGGUCCUCAUGUCAAUAAGUCAGAUCUUGUUGAUGUUGUUGGGAUUGUUAAGAAUGUGUCUUCAACAAUGAGCAUCAGAAGAAAGAGCAACAAUGAGACUGUUCCCAAGCGUGACAUUACUAUUGCAGAUGAAAGCAAGAAGACAGUUGUUGUGUCUUUGUGGGGUGAUCUUGCAACCAACAUAGGGCAAGAGUUGUUGGACAUGGCUGAUAAAUCUCCAGUAGUUGCAAUCAAAUCCGUGAAAGUUGGAGACUUUCAAGGUGUUUCUUUGUCAGCCAUAAGCAAAAGUUUGGUCCUGAUCGAUCCCGAAGUACCUGAAGCUCAGAAGCUCAGAUUCUGGUAUGACUCUGAAGGCAAGGAUACUGCAAUGGCUGCUUUAAGCUCUGGCUCAAUUACUUCCAGCGGUGGAAGUAGAUCGGUGUACUCUGACCGUGUUCCACUCUCUUACAUAACCUCCAACCCCUCCUUGGGGGAUGAGAAGCCUGUUUUCUUCAGUAUUAGAGGAUACAUAAAUUCCAUUAGGCCAGAUCAGGCAAUGUGGUAUCGUGCUUGUAAGACUUGCAAUAAGAAAGUCUCUGAAAGCAUUGAUGCUGGGUACUGGUGUGAAAGUUGCAUGAAAAAUGAUCAAGAGUGCAAUUUACGGUAUAUUAUGAUUGCUAGAUUUAUAGAUGAAAGUGGUGAGGCAUAUAUAUCAGCCUUUAAUGAAGAAGCUGAGAGACUCAUUGGGUGCUCUGCUGAUGAACUAGGCAACCUCAGAUCACAGGAGGGAGAAGAAAAUCCUUAUCAGAUGAAAUUGAAGCAAGCUACAUGGAUUCCACACCUCUUGCGAGUUAGUGUUUCUCAGAAUGAGUAUAAUAAUGAGAAGAGGCAAAGGAUAACAGCUCGAACAGUUGUCCCUGUUGACUUUGCUGUUGAGUCAAAGAUCCUUCUUGAAGACAUAUCAAAGAUGGUAGCCUCUCAUUAA